AUGCCACACAAACCGGUCAAAAAGAGGUUCCGUAUAUUCAGAAGAGUGAAUACUUCACGGUGUUUAAGUAGACCAAUCACAGUGCCUGCCUGGGCUGCCCCAGGCAUUGGAGGCUCCAAGAGGUAUAGCCUCUACGGGCAAAAGUUACUUAAAAUCACUCCCACUGUGACAAAGGUCUUUGAAGCAAAAACUUCGAGGGCCAUGACAUUGACACCAUAUAAGGAGAGAGCCACGUACUCUGAACAACACAAAGUUGGCACAAUACUUGGAUGUGACACUGGAAGCCACAUUGAUAUGUAUAAAGACACCGCAGCAUAUGUAACUUUUUGA